GUUUGUUUGGAUGGGAGCAGGCCGGGGUAUCAUCUGCAGAGAGGUUUCGGAUCUGGUGUCCAUAGUUGGGUUCUUCAUUUGGAGUUUUAGGGUGGAGGCUGGUGCAGCAGUCCAGAUUCAUGUUCUUUUCGCCAAGGGACGCCAUUAGGCUCUUCACACUACAUGGGACUGCAGGUUGCAUUUACUGGGAUUUUAAGCCAAGUCUCAUCUGAAAAUCCUGACUUCUAUAACUGGAACAGAGUCAAGAUACGGUAUUGUGAUGGUGCAUCAUUUUCUGGAGACACGGAAGUUCAAGCGAAGAAUGGAAGAAAACUCUUCUUCAGAGGCCAGCGGAUUUGGGAAGUAAUUAUGGGGGAACUACUAUCAGAAGGACUUGGAAAGGCUAAGCAGGCUUUUCUUACAGGAUGUUCUGCUGGUGGUCUUGCGACUUUUAUACAUUGUGACAGUUUUCGUGCACUUAUGCCUAAGGAUGCUGUUGUUAAAUGCCUUUCAGAUGCUGGUUUUUUCCUCGAUGAAAAAGAUGUUUCUGGGAAAAGAACCAUGCAGUCUUUCUUCAAUGAAGUUAUCGCUCUUCAGAAUGUGGGGAAGAACUUGCCAACUGAUUGCACAAAAAAGAUGGAACCCUCACAGUGUGUUUUUCCUCGUGAGCUUAUCAAGAGAAUAAAGACCCCAUUUUUUAUUCUUAACCCUGCUUAUGAUUUUUGGCAGAUACAACAUAUUUUAGUACCAGAAGCAUCUGAUACUAAACGGCACUGGCUGAGGUGUAAGCAGAACAUUCAUAGUUGCGACUCCAAUCAGAUUGAAAUACUGCAAGGUUUUAGAACAUCCUUGCUUGAUGCCUUGAGUGAAUUUCAGCACAAGAAGGAUGCAGGAAUGUUUAUUAAUUCUUGCUACAUACACUGCCAGACAAUGAGCAAUCUCACAUGGCAUUCUCCAAUAUCGCCACGAAUCAACAAUAAGACAAUUGCAGAAGCAGUUGGAGACUGGUACUUUGGCAGAAGAGAGGUGAAAGUUGUGGAUUGUCCAUAUCCCUGCAAUCCUACCUGUUACCAUAUGGAUUUCAAAAGUUUGAUGGGAUAAAUUUGGAGGGGAAAAAAAAACGUAUGCGAGGCCCUAUAGAAAAUCAGAAGACGACACGUGUCCCAGCAAAAAACUAAACGUUGGAUAGUUAUUAAUUUGGGUGAUUUUUAUUUUCCGAUAAAUUGAGCUUCGAUGUCUCAGCAUUUGAUUCUUUCCCAAAGGCCUUCUGUAAGCACGAGUUCUUCGAGAUUGUGUAGUAUUUAGAGACAGAAAGGGUAUCUCCAUUUGUUACAGAUUAUGUACAUUGAUUGUGAAGCCGAGGGAUGAAUGCGAGUCUGAGUCUGUUAGAGAAGCUUUAUGAUACCAUACGUCUGUAGAAACCCUAUACAUGUACACGCCACAGGAUUAUAGCACGAGAAUGUUGAGCGAGAAUGGAUUCUUGGAGUUAGUGUUUCCAAAUGUUACCUCUUUUCAACUAUGUUUGAUUUUUAAAUGAAUGUUGAACUUAAGUCUUGGGAUUUCCUUUUCCCUUCAAAAAAUCUAGAGCUUUCAUUUCCUUUGUUAAGCUUACAACAUUCUACUAAAAUGGUGAUGCGAGAGAAUGCAGGAAGGAUGUAAUGACAUUUGGAGAGGAUUAUGGAAUAACAUGAUUAUAUUUUUUCAAAAUUUCUUUUUUU